AUGACAGAGCUGGGAAAACCUCCUGACUCCCCGCUCCUCCUCUCCUCCCCUCGCUCUGUCAGUCUACUGUUUUCUCGCUCUCUGUCUGUGUGUAUAUGUGUGUGUCUGUUAGCUAGCUGUUAGCUAUCGCCAAAAUCAACCGCAGGAACGACACCAUGGCGGAUACAGCCAGGGAUCCUCCACCGGACCACACCGACUUCCAUGAGCUGGAGGACGGGGAGGACCUGUUCCCGGAACCGACUUCCACUCUGGAGUCAGGACCAGCCAGUCUACCUGCUGAAGACAUCAGCACCAACUCAAACGGACCCAAACAGGACUCGCUGUUUGAUGACGAUACAGAGGACCUGUUCGCAGAGGCCACAGAGGAGGUUUCGUUGGACAGUCCGGAGAGGGACGUCCUGCUGUCCGACGGUCCGUCGCCUGCCAUCACCCCCAUCACUCCUCCCAUCUCUGUCCUCACCCCCCGCAUCGGCCUUGCCCAUGAUGACAUGUUCACACACUCCUCUUUCGAUGAGAUUGAAGAGGAGGAGGGCGGCGAUUCAUUCGACAUGCACAUAUCGGUCUCUGACCCAGAGAAAGUGGGAGACGGGAUGAAUGCGUACAUGGCUUACAAAGUGUCAGUCAAGACGUCCAUGUCUCUGUUUCAGAGCCACGAGUUCUCAGUAAAAAGGCGUUUCAGUGACUUUCUGGGUCUGCACAGUAAACUGGCCUCCAAGUACCUGCACGUAGGCUACAUCGUCCCCCCCGCACCGGAGAAAAGCAUUGUGGGGAUGACCAAGGUGAAGGUGGGGAAGGAGGACCAGUCGUCCAAUGAGUUUGUGGAGAAGAGGAGGUCGGCACUGGAGAGGUAUCUGAUGAGAACAGUGAAGCAUCCCAUCCUGCUGAAAGAUCCCGACGUGCUGCAGUUUCUGGAAAGCUCAGAGUUGCCGCGGGCGGUCAGCACUCAGGCUCUGAGCAGCGCCGGGCUCCUGCGAAUGGUCAACAAGGCCGCAGAUGCCGUCAACAAGAUGACCAUCAAGAUGAACGAGUCAGAUGCUUGGUUUGAGGAGAAGCAGCAGCAUUUCGAGAACCUGGAUGUUCAGCUGAGGAAACUUCAUGCCAGUGUGGAGUCUCUGGUCUGUCACAGGAAAGAGCUGUCAGUGAACACGGCGCAGUUCGCCAAGUCGGCGGCCAUGUUGGGGAACAGCGAGGACCACACGGCUCUGUCCCGGGCUCUGUCUCAGCUGGCCGAGGUGGAGGAGAAGAUCGACCAGCUGCACCAGGACCAGGCCAACGCAGACUUCUACCUCUUCUCCGAGCUACUAGGCGACUACGUCCGCCUCAUCAUUGCUGUCAAGGGUGUGUUUGACCAUCGUAUCAAGACGUGGCAGAAGUGGCAGGACAGUCAGAUGCUCCUGCAGAAGAAACGGGAAGCCGAAGCCAAACUGCAGUUCAACAACAAACCAGACAAACUGCAGCAGGCCAAAGACGAGAUCAGAGAGCUGGAGGGGAAGGUGGAGCAAGGAGAAAGAGAGUUUGAACAAAUCUCCAAAACAAUACGCAAAGAAGUCAGCAGGUUUGAGAAAGAGAGAGUGAAGGACUUUAAAGCGAUUAUAAUCAAAUACCUGGAGUCACUGGCUCAGACACAACAGCAGCUGAUUAAAUACUGGGAUGCUUUCUUACCCGAGGCUAAGGCCAUCUCAUAGAGCCGCACCAACACAACAGACAGUCCUGACUGGCUCCGGUCAAACUACACUACCCACAAUGCACCGGUUCUCCCACUUUUGCCACCCUCCUCCUCAUGUUUCUGCCCAGAGUGAGGAAGAGAAGUGAAGACAGUGAAUCUCCAAGGAUCUUUUCUGCGGUUUAAAAAAUCAACAACAGAACUCCCUUGAAUUUAUAAUUGUUUUAUGCUUUUACUUUCCGAACUCAGUGUUGCGUUCACGUCUGUCCUGAAAUAUUGUUUUUCUCCUACUUGAUUAUUUUACAAUAAUACUGUAAGAUCAUUUAAGUUUUGCCCUUCACGUACAAUCUCCUUCUAAGGCAAAAUUCUUAAUUGUCAAUUUGAGUUCCCGUGGGGAAUUUCAUCUAAUGCUGCAUUGAGUGUUAUUUUCCAGCCUGAAGCUUAAAAUCCCGUACGACAUGAACGCAGCAUGAGUUAUGACCUUGGUGAUGGCUUUCCUCUCCUCACAGAUUCAAACAUGGUGUCAGUUUUUACAACGUAGAGCACUUUGUUCAUUUAUCUUUUACCACCAGACACAAAGGGAAUGGGUGAAUGUUGAGGAAUUUCACUGUCAAAUUUUACUUGAGAUUAUUUUUAAGGAUUUCUUCUUAAGAUUCCUCAACAAAGACCGAUAUCCACAACCCACGGUAAAGAUGUUAUCGUUUUCUCCAUUAGUUUGGUCGUUAGAUGUAUGGAAGCACAUUUUUUCGAGGGCCGAUGGGUGCAAAAGCGCUACAAUUACAUUUAUAUUAGAAGAAACAGACUGCACCUUCAAAAACAAUGCAAAUAUAAAAACACAAAUGUUCCAAAACAACAUUGACCAUAUGUAAAGCAUUUAGAAAACAAUAACCAGCUUGAUGAAAUGUGUGUUUGUGUUUUUAUAUUUUCCUUUUUUCAGAAAAUCGAGCAUGUUUCUUUUACUGGAUGUGUUUUGGGCCGUUGUAGUGUGUUUGCGCCUGUCGGCUUCCGUACAUUUCCGUCAUAAAAAUGUAAAAGGAUAAAAAGUAAAAAAGGAUAAAAAGUAAAAAAUCAUAAAAUUGUCAGGGUGUCAUACUUAAGUUUGAAAUGUGGUACAAUAAAAACUGGGAAUUCAAGAGUUGUAGCAUAAACAUACAAAUAUUUACGUUUUCUUGUUUCUUUAGUCUGCUAUUUCCCACCCGGCAACAACAAUCUGAAGGUCUCUGAUUGGACUUGUCUUGCUGCAGUGUUAUCUGGGAGUUGUAGUUGACCUCUCACCUAAAUCUUGAAUCUUUUAUUUUGUAUUUUAAAGAAACAAAUUUCCUUCAGCUGUGUUUGAAACUUGAAUGUGAACAUGUUACUGCAGUUAUCCUGCAGUAUGAGCUAUUGACUUUCAUCUGUAAACAUUUCAACAUGAUAGGAUUUUUUACAACAAAAUCUCCCCAAAUCAAACCUGAGAGUUCAAAUUAUCUGCGGUUUUAUUUUGGAAUAAGCUGUGAAAUUGAUCCGGAGUCAGUGAUGAAGGACGACUGACUCCAUCCUGUUGGUUAUUUUGUGGUCUUGUACUUCACCUUCACCUGUUCAAUCCCAAUACUUCCGCUUCACUGAAAUGACAAAACAAGAGCCUUUUUUUGUUGCUGUAUGAUCGUAAGUGAAGGCAACACUUGUUUCUGUCUAAUGAACAUUUCCAAACCUAGAAAAGUUAUCAUUAUUGUUUUUUACUACCGUAAAAAACACCUAACAGCCUUGAUUUGGUCAUUUGCAAAUAAUUUCUUGACCUUUACUUUUAAAGUGUUAGGACAUUUUCAUUCCAUAUAGCUAGUGUAACAUUUAGGUUUAGCAGGUCAAUCACUUUGCCAGGUGGAAAACCAGUAAAAAUGGAAGUAAAUAUUUUUUACAAAGCAUUUUUAGGCCACAUUACUUGUUAAAUGAUCAUAACCUAAUCUGUUAAAGUGAGAGCCACUCAGUUUUUAAGGAUGGGCAAUAUGUAAAUAUCACAAAACAGUCUGAAUGUAGAAAAAGAAGACAAAAUAUCUAUAAGCAAAACUUGAUUAUGUUUUCCCCUCAUUGCCUUUUUUCUGGAAUCAUCAGAGUUAAACUAGUGCGAUAGAAGUUCAUCUCGGUCAAAUCAAAGUAAACAGGAAAUAAAAAUUCAUCGCGCUUGUUUAUCAUUUUUACAAACAAGCUACCACUGCAGAUGAAGGACUUCCUGUUGUGUGUAGAGGAAGUGAGGGAUUGUCAGGUGUGUGUGUGUGUGUGUGUGUGUGUGUGUGUGUGUGUGUGUGUGUGUGUGUGUGUGUGUGUGUGUGUGUGUGUGUGUGUGUGUGUGUGUGUGUGUCCAAAGCAGCUUCAUAUCUCUUCCUGUGUUCAGUGUGAGGGCUAUAGUUGGGUAUUAACUGUUCUUGAUUGAAUUUGUUUGAAUUUUCACCCAUGUCAUAAUUAAAAUUAAAUCAGAAGCUCCAAAUCUGACAUUACAUAAAUGUUCAAAUAAAAACUGGAAAUAUAGAUAUAUUUUUUAGCCCUCACUUUUCCUCUAUCUUAAAUCAUAUAAAACUGUAUUGAUUUCUAUCUAUUUGUCGCCUAAAUGAUGUGCAAUGGUUGAGAAUUUUCAGUUGAUUUUAUUAUUAUAAUUUUUUUUCACAGAUUAUUCAAUUCUUUAUCUGAGCAGAUUAAAUACAAUCUUUUUUCUUUGACAUUCCUGCUGCGCGUCAGAACAGACGUUUAAGAACUUUAAUUACAAUAAAGGAAUGUAUCUCA